CGUAGCUGACGGGUUACACGGUGUCAACAGCACAGGGAGCACGGUGCAGUGUGGACAGAGGAACAGCACUCUGAAGCAAGGACUCAAACUCCAGCCAGCCGUAUAUUAACAUGAACACCGAGCCUGUUGCCAUCGUUGCUGCUGCAAGGACACCAAUUGGGUCCUUGAAUGGUGCUCUGUCCACGGUGCCUGUGCAUGACCUGUGUUCAGUGGUGAUCAAGGAUGUUCUGAACCGGGCUGGUGUGAAGCCAGAAGAGGUCUCUGAGGUUAUCAUGGGACAUGUCUUAACAGCAGGUAGUGGUCAGAACCCAGCACGACAGGCCAGCGUUGGGGCAGGUAUCCCUUACCCUGUGCCAGCAUGGAGCUGCCAGAUGGUGUGUGGCUCUGGGUUGAAGGCUGUGUGUCUGGGAGCUCAGUCCAUCCAGGCAGGAGAGUCCACUGUGGUGGUGGCAGGGGGCAUGGAGAGCAUGAGCAGGGCUCCUCACACACUGCAAAUGAGAGCAGGGGUGAAGAUGGGCGAUGCCUCCCUGCAGGACUCAAUGGUGGCUGACGGCCUGACAGACGCCUUUCACGGCUACCACAUGGGCAUCACAGCCGAGAAUGUGGCGAAGCAGUGGGGUGUCGGUCGAGAGGAGCAGGACCGGUUUGCUGUCCAGUCCCAGAACAAAACAGAGGCUGCACAGAAAGCAGGACAUUUUGAUCAGGAGAUUGUCCCCAUCAUGGUGCCAUCCAGAAAAGGUCCGGUGGAGGUAAAGGUGGAUGAAUUUCCUCGCCAUGGCAGCAACAUGGACAGCAUGUCCAAACUCAGACCAUGCUUCAUCAAGGACAGCAGUGGCACUGUCACCGCAGGAAACGCCUCAGGUAUAAAUGAUGGAGCAGCAGCAACCGUCUUAAUGAGCCAGUCAGAGGCUGAGAGACGCGGCAUUAAACCAAUGGCCAGAAUCGUAUCGUGGGCUCAAGCUGGUCUUGACCCGUCUAUCAUGGGAACUGGACCAAUUCCAGCCAUCAGGAAAGCGGUUGAGAAAGCGGGCUGGCAGCUGGACCAGGUGGACUUAUUUGAGAUCAAUGAAGCAUUCGCUGCCCAGUCCAUUGCUGUGGUCAAAGAGCUUGGCCUGAAUGUAGACAAGGUGAAUGUGAGUGGCGGUGCGAUUUCUCUGGGCCAUCCCAUCGGUAUGUCUGGCUGCAGAGUGCUAGUUACUCUGCUGCACGCACUCCAGAGGACCGGAGGACAUAAGGGAGUGGCAUCCCUCUGCAUUGGAGGAGGGAUGGGCAUCGCCAUGUGUGUGGAGAGGGUUUGAGAUUAAUCCAAUAUCUGGUGCUGCUUCAUGGAUUGCACUCCUUCUCAUUUUUUUUUUUUUUAGGGAUAUUGAAAUAUACUGUUUACACUGCAGGGUAUGAUAUGAAACAUUUUAAAGUGACAUGAGUAUAUGUUGUGAUUGUUGGAAAGCUUGCCAUUCACACUGUGAACUUCACUUUAAAUUUGAUCCUUCUCAGGCUCUAGUUGUGAAGCAUGUGGCUUAAUGUUAAAGGACGAGAGGUCUACAUGAUAAUCUAGUCUAUGACAGUUUAGUGAACAAAUAGUAUCUUAUAAUUGCUCUUACAGCUUGGUGUAAGAUGUGCUAAACAGGCACCAUACUUCAGUGGUAGUUGACAAGAUUUGAUGUUUUCCUUUUAAAACCAGCUGCUUUCAGUUGCCUACACAACUGAUAAAAUGACACACUAAAACAGCAAAGCUUUAGAUCCCAGUAUGUACAGGGUUUAGAGGAUAUGCAAUAUUUCUGUAGAGUAUCAUUUUUAAUUUGUGGUGUAAAUUAUUGAUAACUGUAAUAAGCAUUCAAUAGAUCUUGCUUGCUCUAAAAACCUGAUACUGAUCUACAUUCCGAUAUCUUCCCAUGUGGAAUUGGACCUUCUUUCUCUGAUCAAUUCUGCAGACAGCAGCCUUGAAACACAGCUAAGUGCCAUAAGGUUAAGUAUGCUAGCCUUCUCUAACCUAGUGCUUCCUGUACAUGGUACCCAUGUUUGUGAAAAUGUUUCCUGUAAUCCAGCUGUUCAACAUAAAAAUAAAAUGAAGUCAAACCUG